AUGGCCGAAGCUGCAGGCUACAACGCCUUCGUCUUCGUGCGGCAUGGACCGGUGGCAGGUGCGUACAAGCCAUUGGACGCUAGAAGUGUCGGAGCAUGGACCUGUGCUGAUGAGUGGCUCCUGUCGCUGGACAACCUCUUCGUGUUUCAUUUGAUCUUUCAGCUCUACAAAACACCUUCCCAGGUGGUGCACAAGGCGCUCUUCCUGGGAAUCAUUGGAGCCGUGAUUUGCCGCCUGGGCUUCUUUGCCAUCGUCAGGGAGCUCCUGGAUUUUGUUAGCUGGCUUCGUAUCAUCUUCGGCAUAUUCUUGAUAUGGAGUGGUGUCCAAGCUGCAAAGGAAGAGGAGGAGGGCGAGGCCGUGAACACAACUCCGGUAAAAGCUCUCCGCUGGCUUUUGGGGAAUCGGCUGCUGGACCACUACGGAAAGGACGCAGGCAACCUGAUCGUCUGGCGCGACGGGAACAUGGCCUUCACUUUGUUGCUGCCUGUGGUUUGCUGCCUGGAGAUAACCGAUGUGGUUUUUGCACUCGACAGCGUCAGCGCCAAGGCGGCCCAGAUUCCCGACUACUGGAUCUCGGUGUCUUCCUCCAUCUUGGCGAUGUUUGCCUUACGUGCCAUGUUCUUCGUCGUCCAAGAUUUCGUGGCCAUGUUCGAACUGAUGAAGUACGGCUUGUGCUGCAUUUUGGUGUUCAUCGGGAUCGAGCUCAUCUGUUCAGACUAUUUCGUGCUGCCGCCCCAGGAUUGUUUGUGCUAUGUCGUUUGGAAUGCAAUCUGCAUUGCCGUGCAAGCCAACAUUCUCGGCCAGAACCAGACGAAGGUCUUCAUCGUCUCAAUCUUUGGCUCCGCGGCCCUCAUAAAUAAUGGUGGAACAGACCGGCAGAAGGCUGCAACGGAUCGCAAUGUGCCAUUUGCUGACAUGUUGUUUUCAGUCCUCCCUACAACUCCAGCUCCCCCUUCCCAAUCCGAAGCCACGGGCCUGGUGUGCCUACAGACGCUGCAGGCGGUGGCAGAUGGGACGCAAAUAAAGACUCGAGCUUUCGUUGCCACGGUGACGGUGGACGACUUCUUGCCGGCGAGGCUGAACCGAGAACUUCUAGCUGGGCGCAGAAACCAGUACGAGGCGUACGCGUCUUCGAGCGGGAAGCAAGAUGCGAACCUGGAGGACGAGCGAGACGUUUUGUCGUCGGUCAGCGAUGUUGGCAUCGUGACUCCGACAGCCGACAACAACAAGCAAUCGAGCUUAAAAAGCCGCUUCUCGGCGUCUGUGUUCCAGCAUCGUUUGAUGCGAUUGGAUGUGGUGGCCUUCGGCGACAGCAACAUCGAUCGGGAAGAUGUGCGAGUUUUCUGUGUGGUGGUCGCUGGAUUCAUCCGGCGCAGGAUAAUGGCUGAUCUGGGGAGCGGAUACCGGGCGAAGUACUUCAAGCACUCCCGGAGACCGCCCGACGGUUUGCUGAUCGCCGUGAAGAGCGGCGCCUUCAAAACCUCUCCGGAGUGGAUCCUUGGCGAAGAUCAAGGCUUCGCGCUGGGAGGCGUUGACUUGGAACACCAGUGUGGGGCAAAGAUUCGCGUCGUCACCGGGCACAUGAAAGGGGGUCGUCCUGCGCAGCUCCAAGCCUUCGCAGAGUUUGCUUCCGCGGAGAGCUCCGCCGAUGUAGAGAUCCUCACA